AUGGCUUGGCAGUCCGCAGCUCGGGGUGCCCUCCUCCGACCCCUGCACUUCGGUGCUUCCACUCGCCCUAAUGCCCUGAUCGGCGUGCAGAACCAGCUUCGUCACCUUUCUCUGGCGGCCAGCGGACGCCAGGCGCGCCCCCAGCUCCAGAAUAUCCCCGCCACUCAAUCGCUCUUGCAAUCGAAUUCGUUCGCGACAGAUGCCUCCCCCAAGGCCAAGACCAAGGUGAAGACCAAGGCAAAGAGCGACAGCGCAAAAACCGCUAAGAGCAGCUCGAACAAGAAGAAGCCGAUGACCGAGAAGCAAAAAGAAGCUAAGAAGCUCCGCGCGCACAAGGACCACAUCAAGCAGCUGAAAGAGGCUGCCUUGGAAUUUCCCAAGCGUUUGAAUGAAAGCUGGUACACCCUCGCUCUCGUUGAUAAAAUCAAUGAAAUCAAGGGAGAGUACAAAGCCACGGAAGCACUGAAGAUGGCUUCCCAGAUGAUCAAGCCCGUCCCGAAUGAAGCGAAAUACCGAGCUCAGGCCGAGGAAAACAGAGCCGCCAACAAAGCCGCAUUUGAAGAGUGGCUGAAAUCCUACACUCCUCUUCAGAUCAGACAAGCCAACACCGCCCGGGCGUCCCUUCUACGUAUUGAAGACAAGCCCCGCAGCAAGCGCUGGCCGACGAUCCAAGAUGAGCGCCUGGUCAAGAGACCUGCCACCAGCUACAACAUUUACUGCUCUGAGCGUUUGAAGUCCGGUCAUUACACGGAUGCUCCUGAACGAAUGUCCGCCAUUGGUAAAGAGUGGAACGCAAUGUCUGAGACAGAGAAAGAGCCCUACCACAAAUUGGCAGCCGAAGAUUAUGUGCGAUACCAGAAAGAGCACCAGGAGGUCUAUGGAUUCCCAGUUCCAUCCAAGACUGAGGACUCAUCCUAA